CGAAUCAGCAGCUGAGAAUGUCGCAGUACUCUGUUAUGACGGAGUUCUAUUAUUUUAUGUAUCACAUUGAUUUACUAUGUAUUAUUUUAUUCCGUUUAUUAGGGAUACAUUGUUCACCUUGAUUAUAGUAAAAUCGCCGUUCUGAAAGUCUGAUGAACUAAAUCCGAAAAGAGGAAGCUAUCAGGAAUCAAGGACAGCAGGAUCGGCCAGCGACGAAGGAAAUAGAGAAGACAGGUCAAAGGGAAAUUGACAAUUUUAUAAGGAUUUUAGCCGGAACUUGGUCGCAGCGGCGGCUAUUCAUGCGUUGCCGGAAACGAUAACUGCCUUCUGAGGUUGGGGGAUUAGGCGUGAAGAAUAGAAAAGGCCCAAGCUGUACAAGUUAACCCAGAUUCCGAAGCAUGAAGCGCAGUUUCUCGGGUUCGCCAUCAUCUAGCUCGAUUGGACCACCUUCAUCUAAGUUCAAAUACAACGCACCAGGCGACUCUCAGUUUUUGGAGGAUGAGAGUACAAAAAUAUUCGCCAGGAAAGUUGCUGAUCAUUAUAGUGCAAGGACCAAUCAGACCCUCGAAGAGCGAGAAGCAAGUCCUAUUAUCCAUUUAAAGAAGCUUAACAACUGGAUCAAAAGCGUCUUAAUUCAACUUUACACCAAAAGAGGGGAUGUAGUUCUCGAUCUUGCUUGUGGAAAGGGUGGCGAUCUUAUUAAGUGGGACAAAGCAAAGAUUUCAUAUUAUGUCGGCAUUGACAUUGCUGAAGGCUCAAUUGAGGAUUGCCGUACGCGCUAUAAUGGUGAUGCAGAUCAUCUUCAACGGCGUAAAAAGUUCUCUUUUCCAGCUAGACUAAUUUGUGGAGAUUGUUUUGAGGUUCGGUUGGAUAGAGUUUUAGCAGACGAUAUGCCUUUUGACCUUAUUAGCUGCCAGUUUGCCAUGCAUUACUCAUGGUCAACUGAAGCACGUGCACGGCGCGCAUUGGCGAAUGUAUCGGCUUUACUUAGACCUGGAGGAAUCUUCAUUGGAACAAUGCCAGAUGCCAAUGUUAUAAUAAAAAAGCUUAGACAAGCUCAAGGGCUAAGUUUUGGUAAUAGCGUGUAUUCUAUAGAGUUUAAUGAAGAAUACUCAGAAAAGAAAUUCGGAUCUUCUGAUCCUUUUGGCAUCAAAUACAAGUUCCACUUGCAGGACGCGGUUGAUUGUCCUGAAUGGAUUGUACCUUUCCACCUUUUCAAGGAAAUGGCUGAAGAGUACGAUUUGGAGUUGGUAUUUGCAAAAAAUUCGCAUGCAUUUAUUAAUGAAUAUAUGAAGAAGCCGGAGUUCGUCGAGCUCAUGCGAAGGCUCGGUGCAUUGGGUGAUGGAAACCAAGACCAAAGUACCCUCUCACCAGAUGAAUGGGAUGCAGCGUAUUUAUAUCUUUCAUUUGUCUUGAAGAAGAAGGGGCAACCAGACCAGAGACCCAUUAACCAGAGACGGGACAAUGGCAAGAUGCAAUUGUCAAAGGAGGAUAUCAUGUUUAUAUAAACACUCAAGACCCCUCAAGUAGGAUGGAUAGCUUUUCAACACUCACUUUACAAAGUUUUGUAGAACCAUAUGAUAAUAUUGAGAACACACAGGACUGGGGAAGAAAUAUAUGAUCACUUGCUGUGUUUAUUAAAGGUCUUUUUCGAGUCGAGAUGUGCUGUGUAACAAAGUUAUAUGGCGAUUGUUACUGUUGUGGUUGUCGUCAUCGUUAUCAUCAUUAUCACUAAUCAUUAUUAUCAUCGUCGCCAUUGUCAUAAUGAAGCACAUUUAUGGCUUUGACACGUCCUAUAAAG